GAUGCGCCGCUGGAGCUGAUGUUUUGAUUUCUUCUGAACUCGUUUCACCGCCACUAACUCGCACCUGACAAGUUGCAAACCCGUCAUUUGCGUCGAGUAGACUGUUGAUGUGAUGACGACGUGACAGGCUGUGCGCUUGACGUGGAGGGCUGUCUGGCUGUAUUUGUUUUCCUAGUCGUGAACAGGAUGCUGGCAAACAGGAAGUUAGCUCGCUAGCUUUAGCAGACCUUGUUAUGAAGCUUGCUUCCUCUUGUUUGUGCUCAUGUUAGACUUCGCUGUUGUCAACAUCAUGGACACUGAAGGAAUAGUCAUCCGAAUAAAGACACCGGCGGGAGAUAUGGAUUCUUCGGUUGACUGUCCGUCGCUGUUGAAUUUCACUGACUUGCUGGUUGCCAUCAAAGACAUAAUGCCUGAGUCCACCGUCUCUGCCUUUGAAUAUGAAGAUGAAGUCGGUGACAGAAUCACAGUGAGAAGUGAUGAAGAGCUUAAAGCCAUGUUGAGCUACUACUGCAACACGAUGAAUGAACAGCGCAUGAACGGACAGCUACCAGAUCCUCUCCAGAUAUUUCCACGAGCCGGCAAGACUCCAGGGAUCCGGAACAUACAUGGCCUAAAGGUUAAUACGCGGCCUGUCCCUGCCAAUGACUGCACACAUAGCGUGUCUGACCCCAUGGUUAACAACAGUUUAAAGAAAUCAUCUGCUGAGCUUAAGAGGAUUUUGACAAAUGGACAAAUUAACGCCCAGGACAUUCACUAUCAAGAGCAGCUGGGUCAUGGGAAUGGAGGAACAGUUUAUAAAGCCUAUCAUCUUAUUGGAAAACGGGUUUUGGCCGUCAAGGUCAUUCCCCUCGACAUCACAGUGGAACUACAGAAGCAGAUCAUGUCUGAGUUAGAAAUCCUCUACAAGUGUGACUCACCCUACAUCAUCACUUUCUUCAGUGCCUUUUUUGUGGAAAACCGGAUAUCCAUAUGUACAGAAUUUAUGGAUGGCGGGUCGCUCGAUGUUUACAAAAGAAUUCCAGAGAAUGUGCUCGGAAGGAUAGCAGUGGCAGUUGUAAAAGGCCUGACAUAUUUGUGGAGUCUCAAGAUUCUUCACAGAGAUGUCAAGCCAUCCAAUAUGCUGGUGAACACUCGAGGACAAGUCAAGCUGUGUGACUUUGGUGUCAGCACGCAGUUGGUGAAUUCUAUUGCCAAAACAUACGUCGGGACUAAUGCAUACAUGGCGCCAGAAAGAAUAUCUGGAGAACAGUAUGGUAUUCAUGCAGAUGUCUGGAGUGUAGGAAUCUCCUUCAUGGAGUUGGCUCUGGGCAUGUUCCCCUAUCCACAGAUUCAGAAGAACCAGGGCUCUUUAAUGCCUCUUCAGUUACUGCAAUGCAUCGUUGAUGAGGACCCUCCUGUUCUUCCAGUAGGCCUGUUCACCGAGAAGUUUGUCCACUUCAUCACCCAGUGUAUGAAACGCCAACCCAAAGAGCGGCCUGCUCCAAACAACCUCAUGGACCACGCCUUCAUCGUACAGUACAAUGACGGAAACGCUGAGGUCGUGUCCAAGUGGGUCUGCCGCUGUUUGGAGGAGCGACAAGCUCAGCAGGGACAUGUGUGAUGCUCUCGACCCUCGGUGGACAACAUUUCGUCUUUGACCCCUC